AUGAUGUCUUCAGCGAAUGGUACAACCGAUGGACAAACUGGGACUCAGUUUGCGUUGAAGUCGAAGAAUGACAAAUUGGUCUAUAAGUACAUUGUCUUAAGCAAUGGUCUGAAAGCCAUACUCGUGUCCGACCCCACGUUCACCGCCGUUACGGACACAACAGAUGCCAAUUCGGUGUCCAGUGAUUUGAGUGAUAACUCGGACUCUGAGAGCAAUUCCGAUGACUUGACGGAUGUGUCCUCUUGUGAUGAGAAGGAGGAACCGAUUGCACCGAAUCUGAUCCGUCGCCACAAACGGAAAUCCAAUUCCAACGAGAAGUUCGCGGCGAUGGCUGUUGUCGUGCGCACCGGUAGUUUCGCCGACCCUAAAGAGAUUCAAGGUUUGGCACAUCUCGUCGAACACGUGAUUACAAUGGGUUCGGAAGAGUUUCCCGAAGAGAAUGGUUUGGACGACUACCUGACCAGUCGGGGCGGGUAUCAGAACGCGCACACGGAGUACGAGUACACGAUGUUUGAGAUAGAGGUUCAUCGGAAGCACUUCUUCGGCGCUCUCCAACGACUCGCACAUUGUUUUAUACAUCCCUUACUGCGUCCCGAAUCUAUUGAUCGUGAGAUAAAACCGGUGGACACGGAGUACAUGUCAGCCCUUCCGGACGAUGACGUGCGCUUAGAGCAGAUAUUUAACGGGUUGGCCAAUGAGGGCCACCCUUUCAAUGCCUUCCCCUGGGGUAACGCUCUGUCGCUGAAGACAAUUCCCGAACAGAACGGAACGGAAACUCAAAAAUAUGUCAAAGAAUUUGUCGAUAAGUAUUACACUUCGGAUAAUAUUCAUGUCGUGGUUCAGUCCCAAGAGUCCAUUGAAAUACUGGAACAAUGGGUGACUGAACUCUUCUCUAGAGUCAAGCCAUCGGUGGCUAACAAUGAGAUUAAGAAUUCACAACAAGUGAACAUAAAAUAUGACAAACCUUUCGAUAAUAACCCAAACUUUAAUAAACUAUAUUUCGUGGAACCGGUCAAUGAAAUCGAUCAGAUCUUCUUCUACUGGUGUUUACCUCCAGAGGCGGCACAUUACAGGACCUCUCCUAUCCAUUAUGUCGGCAAUAUUGUGGGACACGAAGGGAAGGGUAGUUUGAUAUCAUAUCUGCGUAAAGAGAACUUAGCGCUGGAACUGAUCGGCGGUAUCGAUGACUCCGGGUUUGCGAGCAACAAGUAUUCGUCUAUUUUUAUGAUUGCAAUCAAAUUAACAGAUUUGGGGAAUAAGAACAUCGAUAGAGUAGUGGAGUAUGUCUUCGAAUACCUCAAUGUCUUGCAGAGAGUGGGACCUCAGGAGUGGUUCUUCGAUGAGAUGAAGCGAAUCGAGAGGAAUGCGUUCGACUGGCAGGAGGAACAGACGGCCAUUAAUUAUGUGAAGAAGUUGGCCAACAAUUGGAAUCACUUGCCCACUGAAUAUGUCUUGUGUGGCAAUAAGUACUUCGAUUUCGACAAAGAACUCAUCCAGAGUUACCUCAAUCUCCUGACGCCAAACAACGCCUCAUUCGUGCGUUUGUUGACAAAUGUGUUGAAAGACCGCAAAGAUAUCAGAGUUGAGAACUGGUUUGGGACCAAAUAUGCGGUCAACGAAGUGCCACCAAAAUGGUUAGCUUUUAAGAGCUAUUCAUCGACUCGUUUCCAAUUCCCAAACCCCAACCCAUACGUUGCAACCGAUUUUGAGAUCAAGAAAGUCAGUGGUUGUGAUGGGAAACCCUUAUAUCCAACCAAAGUGUUGGAUAAAAAGAGAGUAAAGCUAUGGUAUAAAUCGGAUAAUAAGUUCAAACUUCCGAAAGCAGUGAUGAAACUGCAUCUCAUAUCUCCAUAUUUUGGUGAUUCCGUUGAGAGCGCUAUAAUGAUUGAUCUCUUUGUCGAGAUUCUGAUGCAAAACCUGAGCGAAGAGGUAUACGAUGCCUCUUUGGCCGGUCUUUACUGGAGUUUAUCGCAGACGACCACAGGUCUAGUGAUAACAGUCUCCGGAUUUAACCACAAACUCAAUCUCUUACUCGAAUGUAUUCUAAACAAAAUGAUUAACUUUGAAGUCGAGGACAAAGUGUUUGAUGACAUGAAGAAACACUUGUCCAAAGAAUACCACAACUCAUUCAUAGACGCCAAUAACCUGAAUAUGUCUCUACGGCUAACGAUUUUAAGCCAAAAGUACUACCAUUUCGUGGACCGAAGAGAUGUUCUCAACUCUAUUAACAAACAAACUCUUCAAACGUUUGUUUCGAAAUAUUUCUCUAAUUUCUAUAUCGAAAGCUUAAUUCAAGGAAAUAUGACUCGAGAAGAAUCCAUUGCUUUAAUGACCGAAAUAGAGAGCAGAUUAGGUCUGGACUCACAUAUUGAAAGCCUGGAAGAGCCCAAACUGAUGACGGCUCAGAUCCCACCGGGAAAUGGCUUCUGUCGAGUGGUGUCUCUGUCGCCAACCAAUCGGAACUCUUCGGUCACUAAUUAUUACCAAUUAAUUCCAGCCAACAUUCGGCUGCAGUGUAUGCUAUCAGUGCUGUCGUCCCUCAUGGAAGAGCCCUGUUUUAACAUAUUGCGGACCAAAGAGGGUUUGGGUUAUUACGUGUCGGCCACUGAUUACGACACGUAUGGCAUCAGUGGCUUUGGAGUGACGGUCGUCUCGUCUGGCAAUGAGUUUGACUGCAGUUUCGUUGACCAGAGAAUCGAGAAUUUCAUUAAACAAAUGAUUGACAUCAUCACCAAAAUGGAUGGCAAUAAAUUCAAAGAGCACAUCCACUCGAUUAUCACAUCGAAAAAGGUUCCCGAUCUUAAACUCGGCGAUGAAUUCAAUCGCAAUUGGAAUGAAAUUAUUUCUUUUAACUAUUGUUUCGAUCGAUUGGAUAAAGAGGUUAAGUGUUUAGAAAAGAUCACAUUCGAUGAGUUCAAGGAGUGGUCGUGCAAUCAAAUCCUCGCAAACAAAACAACUAACAAACGAAAGCUUAGCAUUCAGAUUGUGGGUUACGGCAAGAAAUCAUUGGCUGAAUGUCUGACUUUUGACGGCAAAACUUUGGACCUCAAGAAAGAGUCGCCCGAAGAACAGAGCGCUGAGAUUGAAGACCCGGAGCAGAGAUUCAAGAGAUUCCGGUUAACUUAUGUGAAGCCAAAGAAUUUGGACGAAAAACACAAUUUUAUUGAUGAUAUCGUUAAGUAUAAGAAGAGCUUAAAUUUAUUUCCCGUCCAUAAAGUGAUCGAUUGA